AUGUUAAUUGAGGAUAUCAUCAAUGGUAACGACGAAGGCAGUGAUGAGGUGAGGUGGUGGAUGGUGAUGCGAUUGGAUGUUGACGAUAUGAGGGUGGCUAGGAACAUAAUGUUCACAAGAAUCAUGGUCUCUUUUGACGGCGAUCUUGAUGCUGAUGAUGAUUCCAGCAAAGAUGAUGUGGAGACUUUGAAAGUGGCGCUUAAUAAUAAAAAGAAUGUUAAUGUUAUCGUAAAAGGCGCCUUUAAUUUUUGCAACUUGCAUAAGUUGGAAGCUAUAAAAAUUGCGGACGUGUUGCAUAGGAAGCAAUUAAAAGGAGCCUAA